UGGCUAUUCAUAAUUCAAGCCAUAUCCUUUCAAGGCCUGGUCCACCAGAGUUGGACUAGAGGGCUAGGAGUCCCCUUGACCGAGCACUGCAGCUGGCCUUCUCCUUACGCCUCAGCCUCCCUCCACCAAAAGCAAAGGAAAGAACGAGAAGAACAAAAUUCCAUUCUUUGCCUUCUCCAUCGCAUUUAAAGCAAUGGAAACCCACCGCCGCUCUUAUUCCCCUUCCUCGUGAUACGAGGCCAUGCUAUUUCCAUAGACUGCCGCACUCUUUCUGACGCCACGCGGCGGGCGUAUGGGCGGCGGUCUUCUUUCUCAGCUGCUCGGGUUCUGUUUCUGGGGAUUUUUAUGGCUGGCAGGACCGGUCGCCGUUUUCUCCGGCGGACCAGGAACUCUCGGUUCCGACUACGCCUCCGUGGCGGUGGACACCACGGCCGUCAUUGCGGUGACCGACAAGGAUUUUGUGUGCGCUACGCUGGAUUGGUGGCCGCCUGACAAGUGCGAUUAUGGGACAUGUAGUUGGGGCUUCGCUUCCCUCCUUAACCUGAAUCUUUCCAACCCUGUCUUGCUGAAUGCUGUCAAAGCAUUCUCUCCGCUGAAACUUCGUCUAGGAGGCUCCUUGCAAGACAAGGUCAUAUAUGACUCAGGGGAUCCAAAACAACCUUGCACUCCAUUCAGCAAGAACACUUCUGAGAUGUUUGGUUUUACUCAAGGUUGCUUACCGCUGCCUAGAUGGGAUGAACUCAAUGAGUUCUUCAACAAGGCUGGGGCUGUCAUCAUCUUUGGUUUGAAUGCUCUUAACGGAAGAAUACCUCAGAGUGAUGGUUCUCUAGUUGGACCAUGGAACUACAGCAAUGCUGCUUCUUUUAUUCAUUAUACUGUCGACAAGGGUUAUGCCAUCCAUGGAUGGGAGCUUGGAAACGAAAUAAGUGGAUCUGGAGUUGGAACGAGAAUUGGAGCGGACCAGUAUGCUGAAGAUGUCAUCAACCUCAAAUCCAUCAUUAAUGACAUCUACCAUGGCUACCAAAGCAAACCAUUGGUACUGGCACCAGGGGGCUUCUUUGAUUUCAAUUGGUUCGGUGAAAUCAUCAGCAAGACAAAACCUGACUUUCUGGAUGUAAUCACUCACCACAUCUAUAAUCUUGGUCCAGGAGUGGACCAGCAUUUGGUUGAGAAAAUUCUCGACCCCUCUUACCUGGAUGGCGAGGCCAGCACAUUUAGCGACCUGCAAAGGAUCCUCGGUGGUGGAGGGACUUCCACUACUGCUUGGGUCGGUGAAGCUGGAGGCGCUUACAACAGCGGUCACCAUCUAGUGACUGAUUCUUUUGUUUUCAGCUUCUGGUACUUGGAUCAACUGGGCAUGUCAGCUAAAUACGACACCAAGACUUAUUGCAGGCAAUCAUUGAUCGGAGGAAACUAUGGCCUACUAAACACCACCACCUACCACCCAAAUCCUGAUUACUACAGCGCACUGUUGUGGCAUCGGUUGAUGGGUAGACGAGUUUUAUCAACAAAAUUCACUGGCACAAACAUGAUAAGGGCAUAUGCACACUGUGCUAGAGAUACGCGAGGAAUCACACUAGUUUUCAUCAAUCUCAGUGGCAACUCUACAACACAAGUGUUCGUCACCAGCCAGACAUCUUACUCAACGCCUAUAAAACUUCGUCGUCAUAAAAAGCACAGAACAAGAAUCUACCACUUGCCAAGGCUAGGGAAGACUUCAGAAUUCACCAGGGAAGAGUACCACUUAACAUCGAAGGGCGGGGAUAUUCACAGCCAGACAAUGCUGCUGAAUGGCAAUAUCUUGUCCGUGGACUCGAAUGGAAAUAUUCCGGAGCUUGAACCUGUUAAAGUUGAUGCAACAGAGCCAAUUAGAAUUGAACCAUUUUCCAUUGUCUUUGUCCACAUUGCUUACAUUCAGGCUCAAGCUUGUAGGUGGUAGCUAUUAGUCUUAAGAAGUGUAGAGCGUUGGUUGAUGCAUUCAGAGUGGAUUGCUAAGUAGUCCAUUCUUAUGGCAGUAAUGCCGACAAGUAUUGCAAUUAUUUUCUUCUCUAACUUUGAUUGAAUAAUUAAUGGUGGAAGAAUGAGCCAUUGGUUUAAAUUA